AUGUUUGCGAAUGACGAUUCUGAAUUGAGACAGCUGCCAUUUGUUACACAAACGGAAGUAGAUUUUGGCAAGCCUGGUAUCAAAAUACUUUAUGAAACAACGGAACUUAUACCUGUCCCAAGUGGAAAUUGCUCUUCUUAUUUUAUCGAAGAACACGAUGCUCCAGAAAGCUAUGGCCAUGAUCUUGCAUUUUUACCAAUGGGACAAGUAAAAAUGAACACUUCCGAAUCAGAAGAUAUAUUUUUUACUAUACAUAUCAAUGAUGACACAUAUAAUCAUUUAAAUCAAAGUUCUCCUAUGAGGAUACAUGCAUUUGAUUCAGAUUAUCCGUACCCAAAUAAAACUCCACCUAAAUUUAUUGAAUCAAUUGAGACGGAAAAUAAAUAUUAUUUAGCACAAUCUAAUGGUACAAAAGUAUUUUAUUUAAAUUUCUAUAGGUUAAGGAGAGAAGAAUUGGAUAGCUCAUUUCCUACCUUACUCGGCUUCGACCCAAAAUAUGAUAUAUACAAUUACAUUGCAUCUGAUAUUGAGCCUAUCGAAUAUCCUGUAUCAAGUAAUAUUUACGCAAAGGUGAUAAUUACCCUAAAAACUUCUGUUAUAGAAAUAGAAAAAGAACAAAGGCAUCGUACUAUCUUAGAAGUGUUAGCAAAUAUUGCUGCUCUUUACGGUAUAACUUUUAGUACUUAUGUACUCUUAUUUGGAAUAAGAACAAGCGAACCACUUCUAGGCAAAUUUAUGUCUGCUAAGAAUCUUUCCAAGGAUUUAAAAGAUUAG